CUAACAGUAGCAGUAAAUACUGGCAUCCCUGUUUAAGAAUCAGAAUAAUGCCACAAUACUGUUGUAUUGUGUUGUGUGUGUGUGUGUGUGUUUUUAUGUAUCCAUCAUGAAGUGUGUUUUAUUCUGAAUAUUAUUUGCCAGUAUCAACAUUUGAACCACUCUGUUCCAAAACCUAGUAAGCUCCCUUGCUGCCUACAUAAGCAGAAGCCAGCUGCCUUUUAUGGCAGCAUCCUAACUCUAUUCUAAAUCUUUCACAAAGGACUGAAUGUGAAAUGCUGUACAUAGGCAGUAACCCUGCAAGCCACAUGUAAAGCACAAGGCUUGGGAUUAAUGCCUUUUUCACGCAGCGAUAAUCGGAUGAUUUUCACGAUGAUUAUCAUCUCAUUGUUCGUUGCACAAAAGUCUUUAUCUUUUCAAACAUAUUUCUCAACACAGCUUCUUCCUUCUCAACAAUGUCCUGACUGUUUUAAUAUGUUAAGUAACUUUUACUUGGUGAAUUCCAUUUAAAACAGGCUAUUAAGCCACUUUUCACUGUGUCUGAUGUUUGCAUAUGACUGUCGUAUUUCUCCCCCUAGUGGCAGUCGUGAUGAUUUGUCAUUUUGCUCGCAAUGGAUUUUAUUCAUUGAAUAAGCUACCAGAGGUUUACCUCAGAAUUACAUUAUUGUGUGUGAUUUUUUUUUUUUUUUGUGUGUUUUUUUUUUUUUGUUGAGCAGAUUAAUUCAAUAAAAUUCAGGAUUAAUAUUCACUCAGUAUUUAUUAUUAAGAGUAUUAUUUAUCAUUAUUACUGUUCUUAUAGUUAAUAUUAUGAUAACAGCAACAUCAACCCUAAAUCAGCAAAUAAGAAUCAGAAAUAAAAAAAAAAAAAUCAUCAAGAUGGCGCCGCGGAUGGCCGCCUUGGUGUGUAGCUCUUCAGUUCUUUUGCUGUUUUUGUUUGUUUGUCCUGUGUUUAGUAAUAAUUUUCCAGUCAGUUUUACCAGGGACGAACUGCUGAACAUUCGGCAGCAUAUACCAGACAACCUUUUCCCGGUUUUUGAAUAUUCGGACGUUUUGCUGGACAUUUUAGUCGGAGGCGCGGCUGUGUUGUUUAAACGCUAUGAGAUGCAGGCGAGGGAGACGAGCAGGCGCGCUGGUCAGGCUCCGUUGGCGCAGCUUUCGAACAGCACUGCCGAGCAUUCAUCUAGCGAAUCUCCGGUCUCUUCCUAACAAAAUGGACAAACUACAUCUUCUCACCUGUACAAACAAGGACUUUUCAAUCUCUGCUGCCUUGUGCUUCACAGAAUCCUGGCUGAGUAAAGCCAUUCCGGACAGCGUGUUACAUCUGCCGGGCUUUCAGCUGUUCAGAGCGGAUCGCAUCGCGGAGUUAACGGGGAAAACGAGAGGCGGUGGAACAUGCUUUUACAUCAAUGAAAGUUGGCAGAAAUUAAAAUCAGCCAAGCCAGUAGUAAGGACUGUAAAGAGAUGGACCAAUGUAGCAGAGCGGGAACUACAAGCCUGCUUCGAUGCACGGAUUGGAGUGUUUUUGAGGCUGCAGCCACAGACCUGGACAAGCUCACAGAUACUGUUACAUCAUAUAUCAGUUUCUGUGAGGAUAUGUGCAUUCCUACUAGGACUUAUUUAAAGUUCAACAAUGACAAACCGUGGUUUACAGCAGAGCUCAGGCAGCUUCAUCAGGCCAAAGAGGAUGCUUACAGGGGUGGGGAUAAAGUCUUGUACAAUCAGGCCAGGAACACACUGAACAAGGAAAUCAGAGUGGCUAAAAGAAGAUACUCUGAGAAGCUGAAAAACAAGUUUUCAGCUAAAGACCCUGCAUCAGUGUGGAGUGGCAUGAAACAACUCACAAAUUAUAGGACUCCUACCCCCAACCCUCUGGUGGACCAACAACUGGCUGACGACCUGAAUGUGUUCUACUGCAGAAUUGAAAGGCCCAAUCUCACACCCCACACCCACGCUGACCUUCACUUCACACAAACACCAACACCUCCUGCAACCCCAUUCCUCCCCCCUCCUGCUACUCAACCUGCACUUAAGAUCUGUGAAGAUGAUGUGAGCCGCGUCUUUCGGAAACAAAAGACGAGGAAAGCUUCAGGCCCAGAUGGCGUCUCACCAGCGUGUCUUCGAUCCUGUGCUAACUAGCUGGCCCCCAUCUUCACACAGAUCUUCAAUAGAUCACUUGAGCAGUGUGAAGUCCCAUGCUGCUUCAAACACUCAAUCAUUAUGCCUGUCCCAGAGAAACCAAAAAUCACAGGACUUAAUGACUACAGACCUGUCGCCCUGACGUCUGUGGUCAUGAAAUCAUUUGAGAGACUGGUGUUGGCCCACCUGAAGAACAUCACUGGACCCUUUCUAGAUCCCCUUCAAUUUGCUUAUCAAGCAAACAGGUCUGUGGAUGAUGCAGUCAACAUGGGAUUGCAUCAUAUCCUGCAACAUCUGGAUAGACAAGGGACAUAUGCAAGGAUCCUUUUUUGUGGACUUCAGUUCAGCUUUCAACACCAUCAUCCCAGCUAUACUCCAGAAUAAAUUACACCAACUCUCUGUUCCCAUGUCUAUUUGUCAGUGGAUUACCAGCUUUCUGAUGGACAGGCAGCAGCUUGUGAGACAGGGGAAACUCACUUCCAGCACCUGUACAAUCAGCACUGGUGCCCCCCAGGGAUGUGUGCUCUCCCCACUAUUCUUCUCCCUCUACACCAAUGACUGCAUCGCUAAGGACCCUUCUGUCAAGCUCCUGAAGUUUGCAGAUGAUGCCACUGUCAUCGGCCUCAUCCGAGAUGACGAUGAGUCUGCAUACAGAAGGGAGGUUGAACAGCUGGCUGUCUGGUGUAGUCAAAACAACCUUGAGCUGAACACGCUCAAAACGGUGGAGAUGAUUGUGGACUUUAGGAGGAGCACCCCAACACUGACCCCCCUCACCAUUCUAAACAGCACUGUGGCAGCAGUGGAGUCAUUCAUGUACCUGGGCACUACCAUCUCACAGGACCUGAAGUGGGAGACACACAUUGACUCCACUGUGAAAAAGGCCCAGCAGAGGUUGUACUUCCUUCACCAGCUGAGAGGAUUAUUGGUUGACCCCCUGCCCUCCCUUCAAGAACUAUACACUUCCAGAGUGAGGAAAAAGGCUGGAAAAAUCACUCUGGACCCCACUCACCCUGCCCACUACCUUUUUGAACUGUUGCCUUCUGGCCAACGCUUCAGAGCUCUGAGCACCAGAACCGUCAGGCACAGGAACAGAUUUUUCCCUCAGUCUAUCCAUCUCAUGAACAGUUAAAUUGCCCCAUUGAGCAAUAACUAUGUGCAAUACACAGUUUAGUAUUUUUUAUAUUUAUCCAACACAUCCAACCUCUUCUGCCAUUUCAUUCCUCUGGGAAAAAAACAAACAAAAACAUUUGCACUGUGCAUAACAGAUUUGUAUUUUGCACUGUAGAUAACAGAUUUGUAUUAGAUUUGCACUACGUAUGUCUGUGUGUGUUGUUGGGCCUCAUGUAUUCAGAUAGAAGACAAAGGCAGGCCUAAUACAGUCGUAAAAACCUAACUCAAGCCCCCACCUUCCAAGUCGUAAAUCUUACUGAUAAAUCGCGCCAAAAUCAAACAAAGGGAGUCCAAAACAGACUACAAAUCCAUGAAACCUUGCUCACUAAAGGAUCGAACUCUCAACUCCUAUUGGAUGAGGCACACAACAGAACAUCCCUCAAACAUGACAUCAUCAGGAGUUGAAAUACCUCUGAAAUGUUUCGUGAGUUGCUUCCAGCGACUUUGUUCACCGAAUAUAGACGUAGCUCUUUGCUGCUCUCAGGUGCAACCUCGUGGCACAAGGAAGUAACGUCCGACUUGAAACUGUGGCCGUACAAUCUCCAUCUCGCUGGACGAGUUGAGAUUACUCUGUGUUCAACCAAACACUCUAAUGGAUCCGAAGGAGACCGUCGAGCAAUUCGCAUCUUCAUCCGUUUGCCUACAGAAUUGAAGAGAUUAAAGAUUUCUCUUCCAUCUUCAAUGAAGUCGACAUUUCUGAGUUCUCCGCCAGCCCGCCUAGAAUCAACAGCCGUGCCCGCCGACAGAGCGAGGAAACGGCCUCCCGUCAUCACAUGAGCCUCAAGGAACCGGGUCAGAGUUAAAGGACGGAGGAAAACACAUUCUACCUGUGUCCUCAUGCGAUUCAAGUAAGAGGUUUACGUCUGGGCAGAGAUAGAAUAUUAUAGUGUGUUAUUCUUGUGUUUCAAGGUUUUUGCUUGUACAGUUUACGGACCGCCAUGUCCGCUCAUUAUGAAUACUCAGGGUAUUAAUUAUCACAAAUUUGUUUUGCUGUAUUGUGGUCCAACCAAAUUGGAUUGUUGUGCAAUUUCGCCGUCGCGGGUGAGACAGCAACUGAGUUCAUCUAUUAAAGAGUCAAAUAACGUGGGACUUUUACGAGUCCCGCUCGUAAAACGGCGUCUCUGAGUGAUAAACUGAGAGCUGCUUUCUCUCCCACUAUCGCAAAAUCGGCUUUAGGGCUGUCACUUCUCUCUCUCUCACUAACCACACUGACACACACACACACUGUCACACACACACCUUAUGUGUUAAUGAAUUAUUUCAUUUCCAUAUCUAAUCAUAUCACUGUUUAGUUUGUAGUUGUAAGUCGGAAGUUUAUUGACUGCAUUGUAUUAAUUAUUAAUUGAUAUUACUGCAUAAAUAAACUUUUGUUUAUAUUACAAAGAGAAGUGUUUUGGUUUGUUUUGCAUACGCCUGUGUCAUGCUGACGGGAUGUCAGUGCUCGGAUUCAAACCUUCAUUCAUUGCUUUUUUUCCCCGAAAAUCGAUAUUCUUCGGAUGUCGAUUUUCCUAAGAAAACAAUCUAAUAUUGAAACUGUUUUACUAUUUGGUUAUUAGUCCCUGAUUUCAGGGUGGUGCCCCGUCACUGUUAAUCCUUAUUAAUAUUCUAUUUAUUUUUGAUAAUUGAUAAUUAUCUUUGAUGAUUGAAUUUGAAUGAUCAAUAAGCUAGUGUUAAUUUUAAUUAAUAUUUCAACGAUGUUAACAAUUAACGAUUAUCUUUGAUAAUUGUUGAUAUAAAGGAUUUUAAAAAGCUAACAUUGAUUCUCAUCAAUGUUCUAUUGAUUUUAAUAAUUAUCUUUAAUUAUUGCUAAUAACCAAACUUGCUCCUAAACAUAGCACACUACAUUUACUGGAGCCCCAUAUGAGGUUUUAAUGAGUUAGAUUCAAUUAAUUAAUUUAAAUAUUAAUUAAUAACUAAAGAAUUAAUUAUUAUUUCUGAUAGUAACACUGAUCUAAACAAACAGUAAAGCCCUACAGUGUGUACGUAUGUGUAUAAUUAUUUUUUAUUAUUAUCCAUGUCUUGCUGCUGUUUUUGUAUUGUUUACACUGGUAGUUCCUGUCAAAUUCCUUGUAUGUGUGUAGUGAGUGGUGGUGGCGUAGUGGGCUAAAGCACAGAACUGGUAAGCAGAAGGUUGCCAGUUUGAUCCCCACAGCCACCACCACUUGAGCAAGGCACUUAACUCCAGGUUACUCCAGGGGGAUUGUCCCUGUAAUAAGUGCACUGUAAGUCUCUUUGGAUAAAAGUGUCUGCCAAAUGAAUAAAUAUAAGUGUACAGUGCAUCCGGAAAGUAUUCACAGCGCUUCAGUUUUUCCACAUUUUGUUAUGUUACAGCCUUAUUCCAAAAUGGAUUAAAUUCAUUAUUUUCCUCAAAAUUCUACAAACAAUACCCCAUAAUGACAACGUGAAAGAAGUUUGUUUGAAAUCUUUGCAAAUUUAUUAAAAAUAAAAAACGAAAAAAAAUCACGUACAUAAAUAUUCACAGCCUUUGCCAUGAUACUCAAUUUUGAGCUCAGGUGCAUCCUGUUUCCACUGAUCAUCCUUGAGAUGUUUCUACAACUUGAUUGUAGUCCACCUGUGGUAAAUUCAGUUGAUUGGACAUGAUUUGGAAAGGCACACACCUGUCUAUAUAAGGUCCCACAGUUAACAGUGCAUGUCAGAGCACAAACCAAGCCAUGAAGUCCAAGGAAUUGUCUGUAGACCUCCGAGACAGGAUUGUAUGGAGGCACAGAUCUGGGGAAGGGUACAGAAAAAAUUUCUGCAGCAUUGAAGGUCCCAUUGAGCACAGUGGCCUCCAUCAUCCAUAAAUGGAAGAAGUUUGGAACCACCAGGACUCUUCCUAGAGCUGGCCGCCCGGCCAAACUGAGCGGUCGGGGGAGAAGGGCCUUAGUCAGGGAGGUGACCAAGAACCCGAUGGUCACUCUGACUGAGCUCCAGCGUUUCUCUUUGGAGAGAGGAGAACCUUCCAGAAGAACAACCAUCUCUGCAGCACUCCACCAAUCAGGCCUGUAUGGUAGAGUGGCCAGACGGAAGCCACUCCUCAGUAAGAGUAUGCCAAAAGGCACCUGAAGGACUCUCAGACCAUGAGAAACAAAGAUUGAACUCUUUGGCCUGAAUGGCAAGCGUCAUGUCUGGAGGAAACCAGGCACCGCUCAUCACCUGGCCAAUACCAUCCCUACAGUGAAGCAUGGUGGUGGCAGUAUCAUGCUGUGGGGAUGUUUUUCAGCGGCAGGAACUGGGAGACUAGUCAGGAUCGAGGGAAAGAUGAAUGCAGCAAUGUUCAGAGACAUCCUUGAUGAAAACCUGCUCCAGAGCGCUCUGGACCUCAGACUGGGGUGAAGGUUCAUCUUCCAACAGGACAACAACCCUAAGCACACAGCCAAGAUAACAAAGGAGUGGCUCCGGGACAACUCUGUGAAUGUCCUUGAGUGGCUGAAUCAUUUCUGACUUCUACAUUAUUAACUGGCCAAAAUACAGAAGUAGCAGACAUUUAUAAAAAAGUUUAGGACGAAAUCUAUUGAUGUUUCUCAAUUCGCGCUGAUAGUUUUGCAUGAAUGCAUCACUUCCGGUCAUGGGGUUGCAUAAGGUCUAGUCGCAUGAGUUGAAAUAUUUUAACGCAGCAGAGGCUCAGAUCGGAUCUGAAAAUGUUGCAUCCGGAGAUGGUUGGAACCUCAUGCAGCCCCUGUGUGACUCUCCAUUGGAAAUGAAUGAGUUCUGGUCUAUCGUCUGUUGGAUGCAGUGAAAAGGCAGCUUUAGGGUUGCUCUAUUGAUCCUGCAUUAUUCAUUCAAUUGUUUUCAAUAAAUAAAUCUGUAUUCACAAAAAGGUGAAUGUGUGUCUAUACUUAAUGUUCAGUGAUCAUAAUGCAAGGCAUGCACGUCGCAGAUAAAUAGCCCUUUUCAGCAGAAUUUAGUGUUGGAUUUGGCUGUUGGAAUAGAUGAAGUAUUUUAAAUGGGUCACAUAAACACAAUGAUUUUUGACUGUUUUCUGAGGGUUUCUUUUUAGACUAGUCAACUUAAAAAAUUACGUUUAAAUGUCAGUGCAAUUACACGUUCUGCACAUCCCUAGCCUACACACAUUUUGGUCAGAGUUUGGUUUUUAUAUUGUGAAAAUGACUGUCUGACUGCUAACUAUCAAGCUUAUUACAAGACUACUUAACAAAUAAAUAUAUGGACAAGAAACAUUGAUUUGAGUUGAAAGUAUUUCAUUGUCAUACUUGUGGAGAGUUAUGUAGUAGAGAUGACUAGAAAUACCCGCAUGACCGGUUUGAUAUCACCAAUCAGAAUCGAGUAUCUAGAGAGCUAUGUAAUAAAUUCUAUUGAUCAGCCUGUUGACAAUAUUGCGUGAGAUGUAACAACAUGUUCCCUUGGCUUUCAAAUGUCACCUCUAUAGGCAGCACACUAGUUUUUGGAACAGAGCAUUAGCGUGCACUUUUGGUGUGUGUCAACUGUCAGAGCAGAGUAGCUUGUGUUUGUAACCACAUGUGCUCACUGU